UCAUAGCAGAUCAGUGGGAGGAUGCGCAGGAAUGCUGCCUACCACACCUGCUGACUGUGGUGCUGGUGAUGAUGAUGAUGGACUGAUUUGAUUGACAUCAAUGAAUGCUGGUCGAUACAGACACCAUUAGAUCUCUGCUACUGGGGUUCUGAUCAUACUGGGGUUGACUGAAGCUCAUGCGUGACGGCACGAGGAGCCGCUAUAACUGGCAGCUCAGUGAGUUGAGGAAUAUUGUGCUUGAAUGCAGUUGUCAUAACAGCAGUCCACGGACAGAGGAACAUGAUUUGAGGAACAUGAUCAGAGGAACAUGAUUUGAGCCGCAGCGAGGAAUACGUUAUUUUCCUGGGAAUAAUCACUCGGGAUUUCCCGAUCAUUCAGGGAAUCGUUUUCACAGUCGAGAGACCAUCUAGUUUCAGAAGCCCAACAUGAUAACCGCACGUGAAAAAAUCAAGAAGAAACCUCCCAAAGACAGCCUCACGAUGCUGCCCUGCUUCUAUUUCGUAGAGCUGCCCAUUGUGGCUUCCUCAAUGGUUUCACUUUAUUUCCUGGAGCUCACGGAUGUGCUCCAGCCGGCGCAGGUGGGAUUCCGCUGCCAUGACCGUUCUCUCAGCAUGCCCUAUGUGGACAGCGGCGAUGAACUCAUACCUCUACUCAUGCUUCUGAGUCUGGCAUUCGCUGGCCCCGCUGCCUCUAUCAUGAUGGGUGAGGGUCUGCUCUACUGUAUGCAGUCUAAACUAAAGGUCCGCCUAGGAAUUGAGGGCAGCAUCAAUGCUGGCGGCUGUAACUUUAACUCUUUCCUUCGGAGAACUGUUCGCUUUGUCGGUGUUCAUGUUUUUGGUCUGUGUGCGACAGCAUUGGUGACUGAUGUCAUCCAGCUGGCCACUGGCUAUCACACGCCGUUCUUCCUUACAGUGUGCAAACCCAAUUAUACAGUCCCAGGUGUGUCCUGUGAAAAGAACCCUUACAUCACCAAAGACAUUUGCUUUGGUCAGGAUCAACAUGCCAUUCUGUCUGCCAGGAAAACCUUCCCUUCCCAGCAUGCAACCCUCUCUUCCUUUGCUGCUGUUUAUAUUUCAAUGUACUUUAAUUCAACCAUCUCGGAUAGCACCAAGCUGCUGAAACCCGUCCUGGUGUUUGCCUUUGCCAUUGCGGCUGCGUUGACGGGACUCACCCAGAUCACUCAGUACCGCAGUCACCCCAUCGACGUUUACGUCGGGUUCUGUAUUGGUGCUGGUAUUGCUGCGUACCUGGCCUUCCAUGCUGUUGCCAACUUCAAAUCUCCCGAGGACGCAGCCGUCCCGCAACCUCCUCCUCAGCAGAAAGAUGCUUUGAGGGCUCUGGCUCAGCGGGGUCACGACUCUGUCUACAACAAAGGCAACGCCUCUGAAAGCAAUGAGGAAAUUACAUCUCCAGCAUCUCUAGAUGGGCUGAACCGUCCCGUACAGCGUGAAAAAACCUCCCUGGGCAACCUAAAGAGGGCCAGCGUGGAAGUGGAGCUGUUGGCGCCCCGCAGCCCUAUGGGUAAGGAGACCAUGGUUACUUUCAGCAACACUCUGCCCCGCGCAACAGCUCCAGACGAGCCCACGAGACGUCUGGUGACGGUACCCGUGCCCACACCACUGGACCCCUUUAGGUCGCAGCAGCUGGUGUCCGAAUGGAAGCAAAGGUCAAUGGAGAUGCGAGGUGGAAGCUUGCCAGACGAGGACACCAGCGACCAGGGAUCCGACGGCGGCGACGAUACCACCACAGAGGAGGACAGUGCACAUUCCUCCAUCUAUGCAUCUGCGGCACAUCCCCCCAAACCAGCUAACCCACCAGCCGGAGCUAGAGUCGUGAUGACCCCUCGUCCCCCAGGACAACCCUCAGUACCUCCACCUGUGUCCCCGAAAAGCGUCAGCACUCGGGCUAAAUGGCUGUCCAUCACUGAGAAGAGCGGUGCUAAUAUUCCGUCCAUAAAAGGAGGGAAUCAACCUCGCAUCAUGCAGGUCAUUGCCAUGUCAAAGCAGCAGGGACUUUUAUCUGGAUCGGCCAAAUCCUCCGAGACCUCAUCUUCUUCUGGAACAUCAUCCAUCACAGGCACAGAGUCUCCACCUAAUCGCACUGCCUCAGAGCGUGACAGCGGCUCAGGCAUCAUCACCGUGGAUGCCCACGCCCCUCACCACCCUGUAGUUCGAAUGACCUCCAACCCCAAUAACCCCUGGGAGUGGAGGGGGUCUUCUGACGGAAACAUGACCGAGAUGUACGAGCUUAAACAUCGCGAUAGUUCCCACAGUUACCGUAAUGUCAGGAGUGGCUCUCCUUGUUCAUCGGUCAGCGAGGCCGAUCAUAUGCCGCCCCAGCCACCGCUUCCUCCUCAACUUCCUCAAAUGGGUCAAACCUCAGAGGGUCGCAGUCUGCGUCGUAAGACCCCUCUGGUUCUUCUGGACAGGGAGAGUGCUCAAAACCACACUGAACAAGACAACUACUACAAAAAGAUACAAAGUGGGAGACGUGUGUGACAGUGAAACACAUGAGCACAAUUACAGAUGCGUGGUGGACAUCAUUCAACAUGCGUCAUCCAUAAUAGUUUUUAUCAUUUGGAGUCGAAGAGGAUUAUUCGAAGAUGCACUUUUGAAUCAGCAGAGCUUUCACGAGAUACUGCUGCUGUAAACUUAUGAGCACAAUUGUUUGGAAAAUGAAAGCCAAACUACAUUAUUAAAAGGUUUAUUGUAUUUACAUAAUCUUCAUGUUCUCAAACGUGCAAGUAAUAUGGACUGUAAUAUAAAGUUUGGUUUUGUUUGUAUUGCUGCUCUUUUUCAGUUUAUACUUGACUUUAAAGGAACAGUUCACCCAAAAAUGAUAAUUUUGUCAUCAUUUAUUCACCCUCAAGUCUGUAAAUUUCUUUGUUCUGAUGAGAAAGAUAUUUGGAAGACUGCUUGUAACCGAACAGUUCUUGGACACAAUUGACGUCCAUAUUAUGUAAUAUUGUUUUAUAAAUGUUUUUUUCUGAUGAACACAGAAGAUGAUAUUUUGAAGAAUGUAGGAAAGCAAACCGUUCUGGGUUACUAUUGACUACUUUGGUAGUCAGUGGUGGCCAAGAACUGUUUGGUUACAAGCAUUCGUCCAAAUAUCUUUCUCUGUGUUCAUCAGAACAAACAAAUCAUACUGGUUUGGAAUAACUGGAGGCUGAGUAAAUGAUGACAGACUUUUAGUUUUUGGGUGAACUGUCCCUUUAAGAACAUAGAAGUGCUGCUCAGCUCAUUUUCUGUGUAUGUGUUUUCACGCACGAUUGUUAAGUGUAUGUUUUAGUGAUAUAAUGAUAUUAGACUAUAUUUUAUUGCCUUGUGAAAAAUGAUUUUAAUUGCUUUGUUAGCUCAUGAAGGAGGAUAACUUUUCUCAUUUUACACGUGCAAUCUUUAAAAACGUUGAUAAACUGUACUCUGGCCAUUUCACGAAUCUACAGAACAUUUGCAGUCUUUUCGAAAUGAUGUGGAAAAUGUGGAAGCACUACAAACAAGCACUUAAACUGUAAAUCAUUCAUCUUUAAAUCUCGUUCUGUGUUAACAAGAGGCAAACUAAAAAGUUUCAUAUUACUGGAUUCAGGAUUCACUGAAAGGGAUUCAUCUAAAGAAUUUACCGCAGACCACACUUUUUAUGUGACAUAAAUAUAUAUGGCCGAAAGAAACAAUCUUUUCCGCUGUAAAUCACAAAAAGAAUUUCUAUCAAAUCUCUGGGAUUGAUAUGUGAUAGUUAGCGGUCUUUUUAUCUGUUUCCCAGAUUGACUUGAUGCAUGUGAAUGUUGUCAAGGUGGAACUUCGGCCUUGUCAGUGAAGAAUUGAAAUGUGUUAUAAUGUAAACGUGCAGCUGUCAGUGCGGGUUGAAUUCUGUGUGUGUCAGCUCUCCCUCUACACGGUGCUCCGGGCUGCUCCAGAAUAUUUUUUUAAGUGGUUGUCGGUAAUGGAUGCUUUGUGCUGUUGAUGCAGUUUAUGAAAAAGAGAACAUAAAUUACAAAGUAAAUAACAAUAAUAAACAAGCUGCUUUAAAUGAAGUGGA